CACGCCCCCGGCGGGCGUCCCCGUUACGUCCGGCCGGUCGUCAGGCUGACGCACACGCGCCUUUGUCGGCCCCUCCUGCGGUGCCAUUGGCUCGGCUGCGGUGCGUCCCUGCGACCCUCUUUCCGGAAGCGUGGAUAGUGCCCGUGGGACUUGUCGCGGUUCAGGAACUCACAUCCGGGACAAUGGUGUGCAUUCCCUGCAUCGUCAUUCCAGUUCUGCUCUGGGUCUACAAAAAGUUCCUGGAGCCAUAUAUAUACCCUCUGAUCUCCCCCUUUGUUAGCCGUAUGUGGCCUCGGAAAGCUAUACGAGAAACCAAUGAUAAAAACAAAGGCAAAGUAGACUAUAAGGGUGCAGACAUGAAUGGAUUACCAACAAGAGGAACAACAGAAAUGUGUGAUAAAAAGAAAGACUAAACUGAUUGUCCCGAAGGAUCUCAUUGUUUUAAAAAUGGACCUAAUACUAUGAAGCACCUUCUUUGUAAUUGUCUGUGAUCUUUUUCCAAAACCAGAAUUUGGGUUAGAUAUUAAUAGUUUAGACAUUUACCUACACUAAUCAGGGAAUACCUGGUAUUUGUAUUUAAAAUGUAGCUAGUUAUAUUUAACAACCUCAUUUCUGAUUUCCUUUUUCAUUAGUUUUCGUUUCUUUUAUUUCAGUUUUAAAAAUAUGAAUAAAUAUAUAAGGUUUGUGCCAGUAGACAUUGUUACUAAGUCAGUACCUAGAAAUUCUUGGGGGCUCUAGCUUUUUUUAUUCAGGCUCUUCAAAUUUGAGGAGUGUAAUUUUACUGUGAAACAUUGCAGUGAGACUGUGCAGUCAAAUGAAAGGUAGUUUUUGGAGAUGAUAAUGACUUGAAAUAAAGAUGUAAUUACUGUCCAACUCAAAGGAGUAGCUUAUCUGUGAGAAUAGUAAUUGCUAUUUAUUGCUCUGAGGAAGAUAGAAAAGAGAGGAAUAGGGGAAACCUCUCUGAAAAAUGGAGCAUCUUUUACAUAAAUGUCUAAUGUGUAAUAUAAAAUUCUAAUCCUUGUUUUGUUCCUUCUGUUCCUACAAAUGUAUUAAAUACUGAGUUUA